CUCCUACUGUCGCAUUCCCUCGCCAGUCGCUACCCACUCUACAAGGUUUUGUUCUCCCUUCCCUCCCCAACAGUAGCUACCUGUAUCGAACUCCAACUGUUUGAUAAAAUUCUUCAGUAAGCCCCUCCAUAGUCUUCCUCAAAGUAGCUAGCUCUGGAGCAAAUAGUCACGGCCACAAGUAGGACCUCAGCUCAGAAAUUGGUUUAAGAGGACGUGCUGAACUGAAUCGGAGACCGUACUGACUCAUCUGGGCUCACUCAUUUGAAUCCCAACUCACACCCAAUCCCCCUUCAAAAGCGUCAUACAAUAGUUUUGAACUUAGCAUUUAAAGCCUCAAAAUCAUUAAUUUGAUUAAAAUUCUACAUUUUGACAAUGCAACGGUUGUCGUCAAGAAUUUUAAGGACCGUAGCAUCUUCUUCUUCUUCAUUGACAACUCUACCCAACCAUGCUUCACCAACCUGUGUUGUCCCGAAACAGUCUUUCAGUGCUUUGUCUUUGCAGCCAAAUCUCCAAAAACUGCAAGAGAGAGCGAUCCCCGGAGAUUUUGUGAAAUGGGCUUCGCUUGGUUUCUAUAGGACUUCAAGCUUUGCUUCUGGAUUCACGCCGUUGCAGCAGAAGCCCCUGGACUCGAUUAUGGAUAUCGAGAGGGUGAAGGACCGCUCGCCAGAGAACAUCACUUCGAUUUGGGAUGAUUAUCACUUGGGAAGAGGCCAUAUUGGGGCAUCAAUGACAGCAAAACUUUAUUACUUGAUGGAGCAAAGAGCAGCAGAUUGCCGGUAUUUUGUCAUUCCUUUGUGGAAAGGAAGUGGUUAUACAACAAUGUUUGCUCAAGUACAGAUGCCACACAUGCUUUUCACUGGUCUUGAAGAUUACAAGGCAAGAGGAACUCAAGCAGCUCCAUACUUCACUGUAUCUUAUUACAAAGAAUUUGCAGAAAGCAAGGACUUGGUGCUUAUCCGCGGUGAUGUUGUGUUCGCAAGCAAGCUUAGUGACGAAGAGGCCAAAUGGCUUUUGGAAACCACCCAAUCUUUUUAUUUGAAUGAUGUGAGAUACAAGCUGGUUGAACGGUUUAACAAAGAAACUCAUGAUUUUGAGUUCAAGGAUGUCUUGCAAGCCUUAGACAUGCCUGGUUUGUGAUCUCCCAGAAGACAGGGACUUUGACUACUAAUAUGAUGGUAAAAGAGAAGGGUUUAGUCAGUAAAGGAAUUGACAUCUCUUAAAUUGCAGCGGAAGAUUGUUAGGCAUUGCCCGCAUGAGAGUUUCCUCCAGCAGUGGGGUAUAUUGGACAACUGAGUGGGAGAUGUGGUAGUAUAUUUCAUGUUAUAGAUCGAAUUGAAGGUUCUGGUUUUCAAUGCAGUUCCUUUUUCUACCAAAAAAGGUUCUGUUUUUUUUUUUUUUUUUUUGGGUGGUUUUCUUCUUUUUCCUGAAUGAAAUUACAAACUAUUGUUUUAAGCAUUAUGGUACUCUUAAAUCCUGGACUGUUAUUUCAUUCUCA